ACAGUUUCCACAGCAUUCUGUGUUAUUUGCAAAUAACUCUAUGCUGUAAGGCCAUAACAAUGAAGCUGAUUUACUGCUGUCUUUUGGCCAUCGCCAUUCAUGGCUACCUGGCAGAUGCUCAAGGUAAACCUCAGCCAUUUUUUCCCAUCAAUCCCCAGAUACCUACAAUAAUUCAAAAGCCUGGGGAUACUGGUAAACCUCAGACACCCGAAAGACCUCCGAGGCCUCAGUUUACUUCGUUUCCCCAAAAACCUGACCAACCUACGAUGCCUCAGAUACCCCAGAGACCUGGAGGACCUCAGUUUCCUUCGUUUCCCCAAAAACCUGACCAGCCUACAAUGCCUCAGAUACCCCAGAGACCUGGAGGACCUCAGACACCCCAGAAACCUGGAGGACCUCAGAUACCCCAGAAACCUGGAGGACCUCAGAAACCCUCAAAUCCUAUAACACCUACAGAUUCAUUUCUCUCCUGUGAAGUUCCUCAGGCCCACAAGAUACAAUGUGGGCCCCCUGGCACCAAUGCCAACGAAUGUCAAGCUAUAAACUGUUGCUAUGAUGGAAGCAUGUGCUACUACGGCAAAUAUGUGACACUUCAGUGCACCAAGGACGGCCAGUUCAUUAUAGUUGUGGCGAGAGAUGCAACUCUACCCAACAUUGACUUAGAGUCAAUCAGUUUUCUUGGAAGCGGUGCAAACUGUGGUCCUGUUGGUACAACUUCUGCUUUUGCUGUAUACCAAUUUGGAGUGACUCAGUGUGGCACAGUCAUGACGGAGGAACCAGGUGUCAUAGUCUAUGAGAACAGGAUGUCCUCUUCAUAUGAAGUGGCUGUUGGACCUUUUGGGGCUAUUACCAGGGACAGCCAAUACGAUCUAAUGGUCCAGUGCAGAUAUAUCGGCACUACUAUUGAGGCUUUGGUCGUUGAGGUUGGUGUGCUUCCUCCACCACCUGGAGUUGCAGCUCCUGGACCUCUGCGUGUGGAGCUCUUGCUUGGCAAUGGAGAAUGUAAUGUCAAAGGCUGUAUCGAAGAGGAAGUGGCCUUCACUUCCUACUUCAGAGAUGCUGACUACCCAGUCCAAAAGGUUCUCAGAGACCCAGUGUAUGUUGAAGUCCGAAUUCUAGAGAGAACUGAUCCCAACAUUGUUUUGACUCUUGGAAGAUGCUGGGCAACUACAAGCAAUAAUCCUCAGAGUUUUCCACAGUGGGACUUACUUAUUGAUGGUUGCCCAUAUGUUGAUGACCGCUACAGAACACGACUCCUCCCUGUAGAUAGCUCAUCUGGACUGAUGUUUCCAACCCACUACAGGCGUUUUGUUUUCAAGAUGUUCACGUUUGUGGGUAUGGCUCAGUCUAAUCCUAGUAAGAAGGUACCCUCAGAUCCAUCAAUGACUCCGCUACAGGAACAGGUGUAUAUUCAUUGUAAUGCUGCUGUAUGCCAGCCUUCUAACACCAACAGCUGUGAGCCCAGAUGCUCCAGGAAAAAGAGAGAGAUUGGGGGCUCCACAAAGAAGCUUUCUAGAGAAGAAGCCACUGUUGUUAGCAGUAAGGAACUGGUCUUUACUGUUACUGAGUAAAAACAUUGCAUCAGCGUUCUCAUCAUCACAUCUAAUUUCUUGAUGU